GUCUCGUCUGUCAUCAUCAUCGUCCUCCUCAUUCGUCUUGCAACCUCCCACUCUGCCUGCCCACUCCACCAUCACCAGCUUCAUCACUCCAUCUAUCUAUCCAUCCAUCAUCGACAUCGCCAAAUACCCUUUUCGUCCACCAACCUGACCCACUCCACCUACGACUCUCUCCCAGCGUCCGUCUUCCAUCCACCCAUCACAGCCCGCCGUACCAUGGCCACACCUUACGCCGCCACCAUGGAGCAGUUGAAGCUCGAUUUCUACGCCCGUCACAGCAGCCUCCCAGAACAGACCCGCCAACAGCUCUGGCUACAAACCCUCUCUGGCCAGCCCGUCGCUCUCCAGCAGGUCCCGCGCUCCAUGGCCUACCCGCAUCCUGACAUGCUAGACUUCUCUACGUCGCAGUUUGGUUCCAUGGACCGCAUCCAGUCCGCUCCACCCACCUCAACCAUGGAUCCCCACCUGUCCAUCAUGGACCCAAACAACACAAUGCUCGCCCGUUCCGCCUCGACCAUGACCAACUGGCAACCUGCAUGCGACGACCAGCAGUCCGCCUACGCCAUCUACUCCGAUUCCGCUCCCAUCAGCGAGUAUUCGCCUUCCGACUACAUCAACAACUUCAUCGACCCUUCAAAUUCCGCCUCCUCUUCUUAUCCCCUUUCUUUUCCCCAGCAGUCCCCUCACUUGCACGUACCACUGACACCGAGCACGCAGUGGAGUCCUCAAAUGGACCCCUCCACGGCGCCCAGCACGCCCUCGUCGACCGCUUUGAUGACGCCUGUUAUUCACUCGAGUAACAUGAGCCGUCAAAGCAGCUACAACACAAGUCUCUUUGAUGACUCUUCAUCUAUGCAAUUUUCUGAUUCUUCUGUAUUUCCUAUCCUCUCAGAGGAUGGAACUGUUUCAUUUCCUAUUCACGCAAAGACUAUCAACCAUGGUGUUGAUAAUCUUCAUUUCCUUGAUCAAUUCACUGGUUCGCCCAGUGAAGCAUUUCCUUCUUCUUCUUCUGUACCUGUUUUCUCUUCCUGUACUUCUGCUGCAAGUGCGUUUGCACUUGCCUCUUCUCAGAACAAGCCGGAUCUGGCGGAGGAUAUGACAAGAUCGGCUUCAUCUUCUAGCGAGAGCCAGACGAGCAUCGCCUCGUCGCCCUCGACCGGCUCGCGCCAUGUGCGACGCGGCCGGGAAAUCAACGCCCAAGCGGGCCGAUGCCGAAUUGCCCCAAAGGCAACUCUGAACGACUUCAAGACCGAGUCUACGCCGUCAAAUGCUCAGAUGGUGCGGAUUCAGUCAGAAGACGGCUCAUCCAAAAAUGUUGGCGUCAUCGCCAAAGCUGCCUAUGUACGACCCCAGCACCCAAAAAUCAUGUGCCCUCAUUGCAAUGAGCGACCUGAUGGGUUCCGAGGCACACACGAGCUCGAGAGGCACGUAGCGCGCGCACACACAGCCGUCAGAAAGGGCUUUAUCUGCGUCGACGCCUCUCCCGACAAGAAAUUCCUCGCCAAUUGCAAACACUGCCGUAACAAGAAAGUGUAUGGUGCCUACUACAACGCCGCUGCUCAUCUUCGCCGCGCGCAUUUCCACCCCAGGAAGCGCGGCAGGAAAGGUAAACACGACGAGAAGCGCGGUGGCAUUGGGGGCGGUGAUGACCCCCCAAUGGACUUUUUGAAACAGCACUGGAUCAGAGACAUUGAGGUGGAGAACAAAGCCACCACUGCUCAGUCGCCUGACAGUGCUUCUUCCGACAACAGCAACGAGACCGCCGACAUGAACAGCUACGACACGUCAGUGUAUGACUUCAACGCCAACCCCCAAUCGACAAAUGAUGCACACAUGUCAAUGCCAAUGAAUGUCGACACCACCCAAUAUUUCGACUUUGACAGCAACAGCACCGCCAACGGCAAUCUCUGCAUGCCCGACUCUGAUGUGUCUUACUCUUCCAUCAUGUACACCACAAACGACCCUUCGUUGUCAUCGAACGACAUUGAAAACUUCCAGUUCGAUGCGCAUAGGCUUUAGUGAACAUGCUCUCCGCUUGCUUCCUUGUCUUUUGAAACCCAUCACACAUGCAUUUGAGCUGCCCGAUUGCGGCAACGGCGUUUAUAUUGGUCGGGGGUUGGUGCGGAUACGUCGGUCUCUCGGUUGCUAGCU